AUGCAGAGAGCCCAAACCCAUCAUCUUCCUCACCCAAACCACCCUAACCCACAAUUAGUUGCAUGGGAAGCUCCUCAUCUCAACUCCUUCAAACUAGACAGUUCGGUGAAAAACAAUUCAUCAGCAGCAGGAGUCAUCAUCAGAGACAGUGACGGUAAACCCAUUGCAGCACAAGCUUUCAACCUUGGAACCACCAACGUCUUUGUAGCUGAAGCUUUUGGUCUUCACAAGGGUAUUAUCCUCGCCCUCCAACAAGGAAUACAAUAUCUUCAAAUUGAAGGGGACAAUCUCCUCGUCGUCAACGCAGUGAAUGGUAUUUGGUCGACCCCGUGGCAGAUUGAUCACAUUAUAGCAGAUAUCAAGAUCCUGUUUCGUAGAUUCCCCCAUUGGAAAAUUCGACAAGUCUACAGAGAAGCAAACAGAGCAGCAGAUUGGAUUGCAAAUGUUGUCCAUCUUGUCACUGACAAAUUAGAUAUUUAUUUUUGUACCUCUUCAGCUUUGUACCCCAUUCUCACCUCAGAUGCUUUAGGAUCACCCCUCGUGAGGAGGGGGUCCUAA